AUGUCCGGGGCGAAACAGGCGCAUAAAGCCCAGCCUAAGGCAGCACCGGGCGGCCCACCGUCCUCGUUCCCCAGAAGUUGGAUAAUCGUUGCCAUGCUGCCAGUGGUCCCUGCGCUGGUUUUCUUCUUCGUCGAGAGAGGCGUUCUCGGGCGAGCUGACUUCCGGAGAGGCGCUCUAUCGGGCAUUUUUGUGGUCAAUGAUUCGACCCAUUCUCUAAAUAUCUCAUCAUGCCCAGGAUACACUCUGAGUUCACUCACGGAGACAGCUUCGGGACUCACUGCUCAGUUGAACCUGGCGGGACCAGCAUGCAAUGCCUUCGGCCAGGACAUAUCCAAUCUCACACUGCAAGUUAAUUAUGACACAGAAACGAGACUGCACGUGAACAUCUUCGACACCGCAAACGCGCAAUUCACGAUCCCGCCCUCGGUGAUAUCCCUCGCGCCGCCGUCCGAAAUUGGUGCCGCACACACUUCGGACUUGGUAUUCAACUACGAGCCUGCCCCGUUCGCGUUCUGGGUCACGCGCCGCUCAGCGCCUGACGAGCAGCCGCUGUUUGAUACGCGGAUAGCGUCGCUCCCACAGACUCCCAUUCCUCCCGUGAUCCCCGGCGAUGGCUCCACGGCGCUCGACGGGUUCCCACUCGUGUUUGAGGAUCAGUAUCUCCAGCUGACGUCUGCGCUUCCCCGCGGCACGAACAUCUACGGCCUUGGCGAAGUCAUCGCGAGCAGCGGGUUCAGACGCGAUGUCGGGACCGACGGCAGGGUGGGCACCAUACAGACGAUGUGGGCGCGCGAUAUCGCGGACCCGAUCGACCAGAACAUGUACGGCUCGCACCCCAUUUACCUGGAGCACAGAUACAACGAGACGACGAAGACGUCGCAGUCUCACGGUGUAUUCCACUUCAGUUCCGCAGGCUCCGAUACUCUCCUCCUCACGCCGCCGUCAUCCCCGGUAUCUCUCAUCGAGUAUCGCGUGAUCGGCGGGACACUUGACUUCUACUUCUUUGCGGGCCCGACGCCGCAGACGGUGAUCGAGCAGUACGGUGAGCUCAUCGGACUCCCGACAUGGCAGCCCGCGUUCGGAUUCGGGUUCCAUCUAUGCAAGUGGGGAUACACGAACAUCUCUGAGACCAAGGAGCAAGUGGAGAAUAUGCGCGCUGCGAACAUAUCACUGGAAGUGAUGUGGAACGACAUUGACCUGUACCACGCGCUGCGUGACUUUACCUCUGAUCCUGUCUCUUUUCCCGCAGAGGAGAUGAGGGAGUUCAUUCGAAAACUGGCUGCAAACUACCAACAUUACAUCCCCAUCGUAGAUGCCGGAAUCAACCACCAAGCGAAUGUCACAGAUAUCUACGAUCCUUAUAUCAGAGGCACGGAGUUAGACGUCUGGAUCAAGAAUCCCGAUGGCUCACAGUACAUCGGACAAGUCUGGCCUGGCUAUACGGUGUUCCCAGACUGGUUCGCCGAGAACACGCAAACAUUCUGGACAGAAGCGCUGCGCAACUGGUCCGACAGCGGAAUCGAGUUCUCGGGAAUCUGGCUCGACAUGAACGAGGUUUCGUCGUUCUGCAACUACUCAUGCGGAACUGGUGCCAACUUGUCUGAUACGUCGGUGCCCACCGUCCUGCCUGGUUCACCAGGGAAUCUGGUGACAUCGUAUCCAGAAGGAUACAAUGCGACGCUUUGGGGGCCCAGUGGCAAUCUCACCGUCAACGGCUCGCUGACGUAUGGGGAAGACCAAAUCAGCUCCAAUAAUCUCGAGAGGCGGGGUGUCGGUGCUGGAGAACAGACUGGGAUCAACGUCAACUCUCCCCCGUAUGCCAUUCACAACGGCUUUGGACCGCUGAACGUCCACACGGUCGCGACAAACGCGACGCACGCGGGGGGCUACCUCGAGCUCGAUGUGCAUAACAUGUGGGGCCUAAUGGAAGAAAAAACAACGCACCUGGCGUUGCAGCAAAUCCGCCAUGGGAAACGACCGUUCCUCAUCAGCCGCUCGACGUUCCCGAGCACAGGGCGGUGGAGCGGACACUGGCUCGGCGACAACUUCAGCCUGUGGGCGUACAUGAAACACAGCAUCCAGGGCGUGCUACAGUUCCAGCUGUUCCAAAUUCCGUUCGUCGGUCCUGACACGUGCGGGUUCGAAGGGAACACGGAUGAGGAGCUGUGCAACCGCUGGAUGCAGCUCUCUGCGUUUUUCCCGUUUUACCGGAACCAUAACCAGCUGGGCGCGCUCCCGCAGGAGCCGUAUAGAUGGGACAGUGUUGCGGAGGCGUCACGCGUUGCGAUUGGGAUCAGGUAUAUGUUGUUUCCGUACUGGUACACGUUGUUCGCGAACGCUUCUCUGUAUGGCACGCCAGCAAUCCGCGCCCUCUUCUACGAGUUCCCCAACGAGCCUGAGCUGUUCGCGGUCGACACGCAGUUCCUCGUUGGCCGGGAUUUGCUCAUCACACCUGUGCUGACGCCGAACGUGUCCACAGUCGAAGGCAUAUUCCCGGGCGCGGGACAAGUGAUCUGGCGCGACUGGUACACACACGCAGCUGUGAACGCCACGCCGGGCGGAAACACGACGCUGUCUGCGCCGCUUGGGCAUAUUAACGUGCACGUUCGCGACGGCGCCGCGAUCCUGCUGCACCCGCAGCCCGCGUACACAAUUGCGGAGACGCGUGCGAGCCCGUACGGGCUGGUGGUAUCGCAGGCGGCGGGCGGGCAUGCGUUUGGCACGGCGUACAUUGAUGACGGAGAGUCCCUCCCGCCGACGGCGAACACGACAUUGACGUUCCGCGCGAGCUCGGGGCGGCUGGACGUAGCGAGCACGGGCAGCUUCGAUGUAGAGCAGAAGCUGGAGAGCUUGACGGUGCUGGGUGUGCAGACGCGGGUGUCUGAGGUGCGGGUGCAGGGGAACCUUGCGAGUACUUGGACGUUCAUCCCGGAGGUGGAGGAGUUAGUAGUGAAGGAGUUGGCAUUGGACCUCAAUAGCGCUGCGAGUAUUACCUGGCACUAG